GCGGCUUGAAGGGCUGGGAGAUGGGCCUGUGUCCAGGCGCUGAAGCCGUGCGCUACCUCAAGUUCGCGGUCAUAAACCUGUUCUCGCUGGCCAGGAAGAUCGACUGCUGGGACGCGGAGCUGGCCUCAACCAAGGUCGGUGCGUGCCAGCACAAAAUGCCGUCCACACUGGUGGACCUGCUCGAAGUAAAGAUGAGCAACGCCAAUGCGGAGGCUAAGCUCCUGUCCUGA